AUGUACAUAGGACGAGUGAUACAGUUAAUCAAAAACAUACUACGGUCCAGAUUAUCCAUCAUUUCACUAUUGUUUGCCUUCAUAUUAUUUCAGUUAUACUAUUACAAACUUAACUCCAAUAAUGAUUUAUAUUAUUUAAGAGCUGAAGAAAAAGAAGAAAUACUUAUAAAUAGACUUAAAGGUGUAAAUAAUGGGAAUAAAGUUUAUGUCAAUGAUCAUAAUUUAGAUAUCUCACAAGCUUAUACAAACCUCAUAAAAGAUUAUGGAGAAACUUUCAACAAUUACCCAUUCCAUAACAAAUGUGCCAUUUAUUUUGACUCAUUAUACAAAACAGAUCAUAAUUGGGCCUUGACAGAUUUCCAUGAUUUACCAUAUGAUGGUGGUAUCUUUAACAAUAGGGAAGGUUUCAUAAAGAAUAGUUUAAAUACCUACAAAGAAGAAAAAUAUAAAGAUAUGGAUCCUGAAAAAUUUAAAAAAAUGGCUGAUGAACGAGAGUUAAACAAAGUUUUUGAAAUUGAUUAUCAAAGAGCAGUCAAAGAAACGAGAGAUACCGAAAGGAAACUGAUCGAUGCAUCAACACAUCUAAGAGUUUAUGGGGCUUGCUAUUUGGAUCAAUACGGUACAUUGAACAAACUUAAAUCAACACCAAAAAUUGAACAACAAUGUCUUGAUAUAGAAAUGAGAAUGUUUCCUUGGCUAAGUAGAAGAAUGCCAAAAUAUACUAGAUGGGAUGGAACAAUAAAAUUUUCAAUGCCAAUAAUGUCUGAAUAUACAGAACAAAAAUAUGAGUACAAACCAACUGCUAAUAAUUGUUAUAUGAAAAGUUUGAAAAGUCAACUGAAUGGUAAAGGUAUCACAUUAAGUGCUAAAGAUAGUCAUUUCGAUCAAUUGUCAGGAUUAUUACCAUUAUUAAGAGCUCUAGGAAAUAAACUUCCAAUAGAAAUUGUACAUAAAGGUGAUAUGAGUGAAGAAGUUCAAAACAAAUUAAUUGGAAUAGCUCGUAUGGAUACACCAAAAUUAUCUAAAAUUGAGAAUUUAAAUCAUGUAUUACAAUUAAGAAAUAUUUCAAAUUUUGAUUCCAAAAAUAAAACUCAAAUGGAACUACUUUUCCCUAAACAAGAAUUAUGGUUUGUUGAUGUUCAAAAUGCGAUUUCAGAUAAUUAUCAAGAUAAAUUCCAUACAUAUGCUAAUAAAUUAUUAGCAUAUUUCUUCAAUUCUUUCCAAGAUUGUAUCCUGAUGGAUGCAGAUACAAUUCCAUUAGUUGAUCUAGAGACUAAAAUCUUAGGUUCAAAUGCUUAUGAAAACCAAGGGGCUUAUUUCUUCAAAGAUCGUGAAUUAUAUCAACAAGGUGAAGUUUCAGAUAGGAAAUUUUUCUCAAAAUUAAUGCCAUCUAAAAUUGAUACUGCAUUUUUCGGUAUUCCGAAAACAACAGAUUUUACAAUGAAGAAUAGAUUCAUUGGGGGUGGAUUCUGGCAUUAUAUGGAAUCAGGUAUUGUAGCAAUUGAUAAGGUUAAACAUUUUACUGGUGUUUUAACAACAUUACAAUUACAAAUAUGGGCACCUGCAGCUUCAAAGGUUUGGGGAGAUAAAGAGUUAUUUUGGUUAGGUUUAUCCAUAUCUGGUGAUGAGAAUUAUUAUAUGAAUAAAUUAGCUUCUGGAUCAGUUGGUCAAUUAACACCUAAGAUUCAAAGGUUAUUUGAAGGCACAGAAUUGAUAGGUAGAGAAUUAUGCUCGACACAUCCAGCUCAUAUAUCAAGUGAAGAUAAUUCAACUUUAUUAUGGAUCAAUUCUGGUUUCCAAUUUUGUAAGAAAGAAAAAGCUCAAGAAGAUAUGGAGAAGGAUUUUUUUAAAAAAUUUCCAAAUAUUAAAUCAGUAGAAGAUUUAGAUCAUCAUUAUAAAAAUUAUAUCAAAAUUGAAGCAGUUAUUGUUCCAAAACAUGCUGAAUAUCAUGAAGAUCGUCAUAAUGGAGAAAAUUCAAGAGGUUGGGGUUUAAUGAAUGAAUGUGAGAGAUAUCUGUAUUGUGCAUAUGAUAAAGUUGCAGGAAAAGAUGAUGAAGAAACAAAUGGGCUACUUGUUGAAUUUAGUGAAGAACAACGUAAACUUUAUGAUUUUUAUGGAUCGGUUUGGAUAAAUGGUCAAUCAAUUUUUUCAGAAACAUUACAUGAAAAAGAGUAA